UGGCUGCCGGCGUCGACGAGAUCUCGUAUGGCGUUUUUAGCACUCGUAACUUUCUCCGCGACACCUGGGAGAUAGACGCCGUCUUUUCUGCGUUGGCCCAGUUCUGCAAAGGAACACUCUGCAGCUUAGACUCACUCCAGCGGAUGAACCUGCGUGUUAGCGUCGUGGGUGACGUGGGCCUUCUUCCUAUAGAGCUGCAAUCUAAUAUGGCGCAGGUUGAAAUCGCCACUUCUAAGGGAAGCCGAAAACACACAUGCCGCUUAUGCACAGCUCACACCAGCAAACUCGCCAUGAACAGUGCGAUGCUACACACAGCAAAUGCUGUGAGAGCAGGCGUCAUCAAAUCUGAUGACGUCACAGCGGAACUCGUCUGGGAUGUGUUGGCGCUAACCGAGGCUUCCGAGACGGAUCUGUGGUAUCGAAGCUCCGGGAGACAGUGCUUCGCUGAACUCAUGGUCCUGCAAAGUGGAUACUCUUACAUGCACAUAGAACCACAACUAUGGCCUGCAACAGGAUUUUGGGAGUUUGUCUUGGCAAUACUGAAAUUCCAGCUUCACUGGCCUUACAUUACGGCUGUCAAGGAGAGACACCGAAAAUUGGAUGACUCAUCCACCGAUAUGAAUCCCGCGAUUGCGGUUCGCCAACGCAUGUUUCUAACCAACAUAAAGUCAUGGAUGAUGACGCACAUUCGUAAAUUCGGCUCCAGAAAGGUGCUUGAAGAGAAUGCCUGCUUUCCAAAGAACCACCUGUGAAAUGGUUGCACCAAACAAUUGUGUGUGAACGCCAUUCCUCUGAAGGCAAAGAUUAUUCGAAGCUCAAUUUUCCAGGGCCAAUAUGUGUAGCAUCUCCUCAACUUACUUACACAUGUGCCCAUUUUUUUAGCAUGCCAAAAUAAUCAUAGUAGAUACGUUUCGCUGUUGCGAGGAACGA